GGUCAUCUAUCGUGACCCAAAUCCUUCCCUCCUUCGCCUUACCUAUCUCGAUCGCUCUGCGCCUUGCGAGUGGAGCGGAAGAAGAGAGGCGGCGGCGGCGGUCGAUCCAAUGGCGGCGGCGCUGUUGAAGCACAGAGCACCGGUGAGCCGAGGUGUUGGAUUCCUCCUCCGAUCGUUUGAUGCCAUAAGAUCGCUCGGCGAAGCUUCUUUGCCCCCAUCAGGCGCGGAGGAGGCCGAGAAGCGGCCGAAGCGGAAGAAGAAGAAGAAGAACCUCUUCGACGUAGCGCAGUUCCUGCCUAACUGGGGAAUCGGAUACAAGAUGGCCAAGACCCACUGGAGGGACGUCUGCUACGAGAUCACUAAAAUCAACUUAUACAAGGAUGGGCGGCAUGGCAAAGCGUGGGGAAUCAGGUACAAGGCCGGUUUACCGGCUGCUGAUGCUCCUGUGAAGUUAAGUGGGGUUAAUAAGCGCGGUUGGAAAUAUAUCCUGGAAUCCAAAAAGAAAAUGGAAAAAAGCACCCCCAAGAUCGAGGAUCAAAUUUCCGCUUGAUGUGAGGUCAUCUUAGUGCAGAAUGGGUGUUCCUCGAUAUGUUGUUUUUGUGAUCCACCCACCAUUUGUCUCCUCCAUGUUACGAAUUCCUGAUCAUCUUUCCGUGCUGGUUGUUACCUAAGAACAGAACUUUUUUGCUUC